AAUGCUUGUAAUUUUUUCGGUCUCGGUUUAUUAUCAAAGCUAUGGUACGGUAUGUUCAAUCAAAAAAGGAUAACUUGGUAAUGCUGAAGUCAGGCCUUCCUGUCCUUGUAGUAUUAGUUGGAUUUUGCAUGCAUUUUUGUAAAUGCUAGAUUAAUUCCGUUACAUAAAUUAGCACUUGUCAUGGUAAGUUUUGUUUCACUCAUGUCAACCUGAAUAGUUUAAGUGGUGGUGUUUUUCUCCUAUUGCAAUAAUAUUUUUUUGUUACAUGAAAGACAACCAUUGCGGUGUUUCUUGUUUUAACGGACUUCAGAUAACUACGCGCAGCAUUUUUUUUUUAAUGUAAAUUACGUCCUGACGUCUUAUCUACCCCUAAAUAGCCAUGCGCACAAAGAACCAGUUUCUAAACAAUUUGGUAUCACGCAGUGUGCAGAUCUGGCUGUACAUUAGUCUGGUGAGCUUCUGUGGUUCAAUAAUGUUUUCGUCAUUCCAUUUAGCCCGUUAUUAUUAUUAUUUUUUUGUUUCUCCAUGAACCCCUUCAUUAGACAUGUGCCAUUUGUCAGUGAUAUGUUUGUUUUACACUGUUUAGGUUAUGUAGUCGUCGUAGUCCCAGUUCACACUUAUAUUAAUUCGGUAUAAAAUACGAUCAUUUAAAAACAUUUUUUUUUGUGAUUAUCUCUUUACAGAACUCAUAAUUAAAUAUGGAUUCAUCUGUGAAACAGAUGUUCAUAACUACACUGCUGCAUGAAGUAAACAUUACAUUGUACAAUCAGGGCUGUAUUUUAGUGUUUCACAGUUAGCUUCAGCCCCAGGUAGUGGGUUUUGAUGACCAAUGUAUUACAAAAAAUACUUUUAGGUAUUCAGCUUUAUGAACAGUAGCCAGUAGUAAACCAUUAUGUUUAUUAUUUUAAUAUAAAAGUAUUCUUGGUUUCACUGACCCUGAUUAGCAAUAGUUUUGAACUGCCUUUCCUAAGGUAACAUUAGAUAGUCAAAAAAGCUGUGAAACCAGACCAUAAUGUGAACACCAUGUUUUAUUUGUUAUGUAUUCGUUACAUGCAUCACUGUAAGACACGUUUUUCUAGUACUAUAAUGCUUAAAACCACAAAAUUACAGCGUUUCCAAGCUACCAAGUUACACCAGCACAGCUGUUUUAUAUUCCCACCCUUGGUGCUGGUUGCAUUAUGAAUGAGAGCAUGAUAAUAAAAUACUAAAUUACCUGGCCUAUGUAGUCUUGAGGAGUAAUUGAUGAAAAGUCUAAUUUCUGCAAGAUAUAAAACUACUGUACAUCCUCAGGGAAUUGUGUUGGUUACAAUUCUGAAUGGAAGGAACAUGUUACACAUACAAAAAAACAUUUAGCAGUCUUUAUCUUGCAGAGCUGUGGAAUAGGGCAAAGUCAGGGGUCGGUGAACUGCAAACCAAAAGUUAGGGUGAAGUCUACAUUGUCCUGCCUAUAUAUCAUUUAAAAAAAUAAAUGUUUUCACAAUUUGUUGUUUGGUGUUAGAUACAGAUAUUGUCAUAGUUUUAUUAGCUGUUUUAUUUAUUCCAGACUUGAAUCGUGAUUUGGUGUACUGCUCUGGAAAAGUUGCUGAUAUUUACAGCAUGGAAGAUGGUGAGCUUGAAGAUGGAGAAAUAGAUGAUGAAGGAAUUGGAAUUGAAGAUGAGGGGAAAGAAUCGAAAGAAGAAGAUAAAGACAAAGAUGAGAAGCCUCACAGAAAGUCCAGAAAGAAACACAGAAAAGAUAGGGGCAAGAGAAAAGCCAAGAAAAGGAGACGGGACAGGCACAAACAUCAUUCCCCCUCAAGUGGUGAUAGUUCAGACUACAGCUAUGAAUCUGAUUUUGAACAUUCUGAACGACAGCAUAAAAAACCCUGUCCUGCAUUUAGAGAUUAUGACAUUCCAUCCACACAGCAUGGCCAAUCCAGUGGAGAUUACAUGAAGCCUCAAAAGCCAGCACUCAAUAAAAAUAACGAGUUUGAUACAUUCAGUGACUACAGUGAAGAGAAGUAUGAUUAUGGAGAGGAUGAUGAUUUUGCUGAUGAGCUGAACCAGUACAGACAUGCUAAAGAAACCACAGCACCUGGACCUGACAAAGUGCCACCAAUGGGACAGAUGAAAAAGCAAAACAUGAAGGGUGUACAAAAAGGUGCUGGACAGAAAGGGAAAGGUCGAGGUGUGGGUCGUGGACGUGGCAUGCAGAAAAACAAGAAACAAAAAGGAAAAAACUGGGGAAGGGGACGAGGGAGAGGUGCAGAUCAAGGCCAAGAUGGUUUUAAAGAGGAUGGAAAAGGCCCAGUAAAUGCCCAGAAAAAGCGUCCAAUUAUGAGUCAAGAGUUCAUCAACCAACAUACGGUUCAACACAAUGGAAGAUAUAUUUGCAAGUAUUUUCUGGAGGGUCGCUGUAUUAAGGGGGACCAGUGUAAAUUUGAACAUGAUCUAGUUGUACCUGAGAAGAAGAAGGAGAUGUGCAAGUUCUACAUUCAGGGUUUCUGCAGUAAAGGGGAGAACUGCAUUUAUAUGCACAAUGAAUAUCCAUGCAAGUUCUUUCACACAGGGGCAAAAUGCUACCAAGGAGAUAACUGCAAGUUUUCCCAUGAACCCCUUACAGAUGUUACAAGAGAGCUCCUGGAAAAGGUUUUAAAUACUGAGGAAGAAACAAUGAAUGAAGAUAAAAUGGAGCUUGAAGACCUGCGGAAGCAGGGAAUAGCUCCCCUUCCAAAACCACCCCCAGGAGUAGGACUUCUGCCAACCCCUGGGCCUGUUGGUGGUCCACAGGAAGGCAGUCCUUGUCAAGGGGGGCAGAAGAAAAUCCCUUCACUGUUUGAAAUUGUUGUACAGCCAACUGUGGAUUUGGCACAAAAAAUAGGACUCAGGCCCAACUUUUAUAACAGUUCAUCACCACCAGGCCCACAGUUCCAUGGAAAUGCUCCACCUCCUGAGCAGAUGUUUGUUGGAGGACAAGAUGAUGUGCCACCUGGACCCAAUGGACCGCCAGUCCCUCCAGGAUCUCCAGGGUCUUUUGGACAGCCCCAUCACAGUGGUCCACCAGGAGUAUAUUGUCCACCAAUGCCUCAAAUUCCGUCUGGUCAAUCCAUGCCAUGUGGUUUUCCGGUGCCACAUAAUCUUCCACCAAUGCAUUCACAGUCAACAGGUGCACCUUUAGUACAACCAGCAUUCUCUGGACUUCAAGGGAAUGCACAUGGAAACAGACUGAGAGAAAAUCCCCAGCAAACAUUGCUCCCAGCACCAGGUCUAGCCUAUCAGCAGAUGCCAGCAGACCAGCAGAUACAACAGAACAUUCCCUAUCAAGCAAUGCAAAAUCCUGCAGAUUUCUUUAACAACUAUUAUUCAAAUCAAGCUGUACACAGUUUGGAGCCAACAGAAGUCACAGAAGAGGAAGCAUGUACUAUGGACAAACUGACUUACAGCUCAAUGCAAGACUCUCAACAGAGUGGCACUGAAUCAGACAGCAGUAGCAGCCAGAAACCUGCAGUUCAUGUCCCGGACUUCCUUCCUGCCAUGCAAAAGGCUCUGUUCCUCAGACUAAGUCAAAAACAGCAUGGGGAUGAGCACCAUAAAAAAGAAAACCGAGCUCAGGAAAUGGUCAGAAAAGAAAAAGAUGAAACAGUGAAUUGGUAUUCCAGUGAUGAUGAGGAAGAUGGCAGUAGUGUGACAGCUAUCCUUAAAACACUUAAAAAACAAAGCGAGAUUCUUAAAAAUCAGCAACAGUCAGCGACAACACAGCAGAAUAUUUGUGACCCACGACUUCAGAAGGAAAAGAAUGCCCCCUCUGAUCCACGGAUGAAGUGUGACCCGAGGCACGGUGCUUCGAGAGAGACGAGAAAGUCCACAGACUCUGCCUCCUCAGACCCAAGGCUUGUCCGAGACCCUAGAAAGAUAAAGCCUCAAGGCAGUCCAAGGCAUCACUCUCACGUCAAGCAGCCAGUAGGAGAUGAUGAUGAAGAUGGUGAAAGAGAACUUAGAGAAAAGGCUGCAAAUAUUCCACUGGAACCCCUACCCGGUGUUGCUCUGAGGGAUCCUAGAUGCCAGCUAAAACAGUUCAGUCACAUAAAAGUGGACAUUAUCCUUUCUAAACCAGCAUUUGCAAAGCAUGUUGUAUGGGCCUCUGAAGAUCUAAUACCUCUUCCCUUACCCAAACAAGAACAUUCAAUCAACUUGCCUCUUCCUCCACUUAUUGCAGAAGCAAGGCUGAACAAAUGCCAUGAUGUUUUAAAUGACAGUAAUCAGAAUGUGAUGGCCUUAGACUCCCGUAGGGCAAAGGAUAUAAAAACUGGGCAUAUAAACAAACCCCCAGACACAAAGGCUUCUCCUGAUAAACCAAUGGAUCCUCGACUCCACAAGGCACUUGAUCCUAGGCUCCACAGAUCCUCUAGCAUGGACUCGCAGCAUUGUGCCACAAAGGAUUCUCAUCUUGGAUCAACUGAUCCAUGCAUUUCCAGGGGAAAUGUUGGAUUAUUGCAGAGUUCAGGGGCUGCUCCUGCUAAAUUAGAACAGGAUAAACUACCCCCAUAUGCUCCUAAAUUGUCAUCCACUGGUGGGGGACUUGGGAGCCCAACUACGCUGCUGGGUGGAAUCAGCUUGUAUGAUCCACGAAACCAAAAUCAGUUGUCUUCAAAGGAAGAGGAAGAGCAUCCUAAAAAAUUAACCAUGACAAAACAUCCCAGUAAAGAAGAACAUGUACAGUCAUCCCUAUUGCCAGUGUCCAAUGUGGUAUCGGCUCCAGAUAGCAUGAGUGUGGACUGUUCUUUGGAUGCUCCUGCAGAUAAAUAUAAUAGUUAUAACAAGCAUCAACCAGCACCAAAGGCAGCAAACUCUCCUUCUGCUUCCGCUGUACACAAUCUGCCCAUCGCAGCUUUAGCUGGGUUAAUACGACCUCCAUAUACUGACCCGAGACAAACUAAGCAAACUGGACAAGCAAGUCAGCUGCAGGAAAGUGAUUUGAAUGGACAGCCAGAUGACAAACCUCUGAAAGACAUGUUCAAGACUUUUGACCCGACAGCAUCUCCUUUUUGUUAAUAAGCACUCUGAAAAAAAGUGUAAAUGCAGUACGUCAAACUGUGUAGCUUUCGGCUCCCAUAUUACUUAGCUUGAUAUUUAUUUAUUUUUAUUGGAAACACCUGUUUCUAAUAAUACACACUGCGGUUUUGACUUUAUCUGUUUGAUACUAUAUGUCACUAGCUCCAGAGCUGCACAGAAAACAUUUUAAAUCUACAUGAAUAGUCUAAGGACUCUAUGUACUAGUAUUACUUACGUGUUUGUAAAUACUGUGAAUUCGUAGCCUCGAUCCUUCGUAUGAUUUUUUGCGAUCGAUGUACUAAACAGCUCUUUUUUGUGAACAACUACUGUAAUAUCACCAAUCAGCAUAGAUGACCGCUCAUUAUACAGGAGCGAUCAGAAUUUGCAUCUCACUAUAAAUAUAUUCGCAAUGCCGAAAGUCAAGAUUCAGAACUUCUUUCUGGCAAAGAUAAAUGAGUGGAAUAGUGAACAGAAAGAAGUAGUAGCAAAUCUAAUAGGAUGGAGCUCUGGCUUCUGCAGACUCCGACCUUGAUGCAACUAUGGCACCGGCCAAAAAGAAAAGGAAAACACAUUUCCACAAAGACGAAAUUGACCUGUUAGUGAAAUGGAAAAAUCAGGAAAUAUUAUUUAACACUUCGCAGGGCCAAAAAACAUUAAGAAACAAAACAUGGAAAAAAAUAACUAACAAAAUUAAUUCACUGGGCACUAAGUGACAGACACUAAAUGGCAUGACCUUAGGAGGAUUACAAAAAAAACCCCCAAAAAAACAGGACAAACUGAAUGUGAUGUGUUUAAUGAAGCAUAGACCCUGGGCAAAGCAAAAACAAACCAAAACAUUGAUCUAAAAGAAAGGGUCCCCAAAAACAGAAAGCAUAAAUGAAACUAAGCUUGUUUCUAUAUAUGGAAGUUUACCAUGGUAAAUGUGCACGGUAAUUCUACAGUUUACCAUGUUUGUACUCGUCUGUACCCUAACCAUGCUUCAUUAUGCUUUCAGUGCUUUAAUUUAACAGUAUCGCAGAAAACAUUUGUUUGAGUAUAUUUUAGUUGUGUAAAGGAAAAAAGUGCAGUACAUAGAGUACGUAAGUAAAUACUUUUCGUCGUAUUUCAGUUGUCUGUGCACCACAUAAUUAAUUACUGAGAAGAAAAUAUUUCAGUUUGUGUUUAAUUAAAUAACCUGCAAUGAUUUGUUUCCGUGUUUCCCUUCCAUUAUUAAUGUGAAGUUUAAAAUAAAGCACCUUAAAAUGUAAAAGAAAGCAAAACACAACAUAUUUAUUGUUAUUUAAUAUAGACUAUUAAUUAAUUUUUGUUGGUUUAUUUUAUAUUUUAUGGUGGUUUAUUUUAAAGUAACUAAAAGCCAGUUUAAACAGGUUUCACAUGUGAAUAGCUGGUUGAAUCUGUGCCAGCGAGAGGCAUGCGUAAUAUUACAGGCACAAACCGAAGUCGUAAAUCAGGAAAAAAUGAUAAUACUUUCAAGGGUAAGUGCGAAACUUUGAUAUUGUAAUGAGACUCGUACAUUUGCAUACGAAAGUAGUUUGAAGGGAUGAAAUUAAGUUACAGGAGUGAAAAUUACUUUAAUACAUAUUGGGUAGGUCUACGAAGUCACAAAAACCUACGAAAAGUCAAGAUACGAAAGAAAAGUCAAUGAUACAUAGAGUCCUAUAUGUGUAAAUUCACACAGCUGUAUAGUGUAUGUGAUGGAUCCAGUAAAGUUUAUUUUGUCAGUAACUGUAUCAAAGAUAAAUGUAUGCUAAUGAAGUAUUAUGUUUUUAAAUAAUCAUUUUCUUGUUAAAAAGAAUAAUCUAAAAAUAUGAACUGCCACUUUUAUAUAACUGUACAGUAUUUAGUAAAUAUGUAGGCAUACUGCCAUAUAGUCUCCCCGUAUAGGAACACCUCCUAAGAGAACAUUUUGCCUAAGAGAACACCCUUGUGAUGAAACUGAUUUUUUCCAUUGUAAGUGCUCUGCGUAAAGGACCAGGAACUUUGCUUAAAAUAACCCUUUGGGCACUGCUAGCGAUUAAUUCACAACUGAUACAGUACUGUGACUUGUCACCGCGAGAGUGUCUUGAUGCACACUGAUUGGUUUAUUAAAUCUUUCCGGAACUGCCGUCAUAUCAUUGCGUUGUUUGUAUUCUGAUUUCCACGAGUUCAUCUCAUCGCUACAAAAUGGCAUGUAAACAAACAGCGAAUCGUGCUGUUGUUUAUUUUUGCUACAAAAAGUUGGAAAUUAUUCGAGUUCCUGAAAAAAAACUGAAUAAAAACCUGAGCAAUUUGGUGUUUUCCGUUCUGGUGAGUUGCUUCACCAUUCUGUUAAAUAAUUUUGUGCAUGUCUUGAAUAUUGCUCCUGUAUAGGUAUUCAUAAUUAAUCAAGAGCUGCUGCUGCAUUUUUUUUACAUGUGUAGGGGUGCUGUGUUAAUUUAGUUUGACAGUUAGUUUAUUAACGUUAGUUUGUCUGUUUUUUAUUAUAAUUUAUUGACAUACACUUGCCUAUUGCUUUUCUCUUAUUCUAUUAAUUUCAUAUGUUGAUGCAUGUGCAUCAUGACAAGUAAUAAAUAUUUAUUUAUUUAUUGAUUCAUAUUGUGUCCGGUGGUCAACUCCGUCUUAAAGAACACUUCGGCUAAGAGAACAUUUCACUUGCUUCCCGAGGGGUGUUCUCUUAGCCGGAGACUACUGUAUAACAUACCAGUAAUCAUGUUAAACAAUAACAUUCAAGUUGAUAUGUAUUUAUGUUCUCUGCAGUUACAAACCUACCCCACACUAGUACUGUUUGACCACCCCCCCCAAGCAUUUACUGCCCAUGACCAUGAAGAAUGUUACAGGAACAGUCGAGGAAAUAAAAUACAAAGAAUUUUUUUUUUCCCCAUCCGUUCUUGGAGGAACUUUGUGUAUAUUUUGCUAUCCGUGUAGGGCACUCUUACUGUAUGAAGUUGUUGAGGCACAGUGUUUAUUGCUUUUUUUGUAAUAUAAAUGCUGCACUUGUCAUCAACUUGUUGCGAGUAAAUUUAUUUGAAAUCUAAAAUGAUUUCCAAAUUGGUGUGUAACUAUGUUGUAAAUUUUAUCAGCACAUUCUUUAAAAUAAACUAGCUUUACAAAGGGCAUGAAUUAUAUUAAUAUUACACAUUAAUAUCAGAAAUGACACUCUUUCAUCUACUGAUGAACAAAAACGGAUGUUGCAUUUUUCAUUUCAAGUUAGGUAAUAAUAAACACAGAUUAAUGUUAAUAGCUUUUUUUAGCAACCUUUGUAAAUGGGUCUUAUCCUAUAUACCAGAGGUUGCCAAACCUGUGGCUCCCAGUGAAAUGCUGGGUGACGCACAUGUUGCAGCUCAAAUGAUCUGAUGAAAUAAUAAUAAGCAAAAAUAAAAAGAGAAAAAGUAGAAAUAAACACAACAAGUUUAUUAUUUGUGUUCUCUGUAUUUAUUCGUGUUUAUUAUUGUUUCUUCUCUCCCCUUCUCUCUUUUCAGUUUCUUUGAGUCUGCAUGUUCACUGCAAGGACAUUUCGUCACUUGAUGACCUUCGACACCUUGCGCUGGCGCAUGCGUAUUUUGAUCACCUCGACUGAAAGCUGGAUGUGCAGUUGAAAGUGAAGGUCAUAAUUUUGAAUUUGCUUGUUCGUUUUGUGGAGACAAUGGCAUUUAUCAAACCAUCCACUAGUAAUAAACGAAAGUAUGAGGCUUAAGCCAGAA